AUGGCGGCAGCUGCGCUCUGCACUUCGCCCGGAGAUUGUGAGGCGCACGACUGCUGGCCGCGAGAUGGCCCGGUGCAGUUGCGGCAGGGUACGACGAGCGUGAGGAAGAACCGUCCGGCGGCUUGCGAGGAAUGUAGACGACGUCGCGUACGCUGCUCGGCGUUCGAGACGGGGCCUCCUUGCGACGCCUGCUGUCGACACGGGACAACAUGCACCAUUGGCACCGUCAAGUACGCACACGACGCAAGCUCGCCAACGCAAAUCUACACCCCGGUUCUCCCUCCUCCCGCUCCUCCCGCCUCGACACCGUCUCACUCUCCCACCUCGCACGUCCAGCUCAAUCUCAGCGUACUCAACAGCGCGCUCGAGUCCUCCAAACCUCGUCCACCUCCCCUCGUCUGGGAGAGCCCGAGCGAGCACAUCCAGAAGGGCGCCCCAACGACUCGGUCGAAGCAGAAGGCGGUCGAGGAGAAGGAUGAUUGCGGGAAGGUCGAGGAGCGGGGGUCGGUCGCUCCGCCGCCGAAACGCCCUCGUCCAGCCACGAAGACGGGGCAAGGCGUCGUCCAGGUUGCGCACGACGUGAAUCACUCCGACAUCAAGACGAAGAAGGCGCCUUGUCGGAUCAAGCACAAGCGUCUCGCCAGGAGCGAACCUGCCCGUCCCGCAAGACACUUCCCAAUUCCGCCUUCGUCCGUCGACAACCCGCCACAGCUCGUCGCCUACUCGUCACAAUCGAAGUCGCUCCUCGCCUUGUCGGCGUGGAAGAGGCAGGGGCGCCAGGCUGACGCUGACUUCGACCUUCCCCAGUCCUCCCGCUACCCUCUUUCCGCCAUCCGUGACGAGCCCAACUUCCGCCCUCCCUGCUCCUCGCCCUCAUCCGCCUCCGCACCAUCCCUCACACCCACCUUCCGCUCCUUCACCGCGGCGUCGCCCGCGCUCCGCUUCAAUCCCACCGCCUCGUCUAGAGCCACCGCCUCAACAUCCAUCUCGAGCCGGACGAGCGACUUCGGGUUCCGUCAGCCCCACCACCGCAACGGCGAGAGCAGCACGACCAGCAUUUCCGAGACGCCGCAGUGCGCCUAG